AUGUACCAAUUAUCAGAGGAGUCCAAGGAGCGCAUUGCCCGCAUCAUCGAUGUCUCCCGCGUCGCUAUCCACUACGGCUACCUGCCUCUCAUUGUCUAUCUUGGAUACUCGCAAAGCCAGCCCAAGCCAUCGCUCAUCCGACUCUUCUCCCCACUUGCAUAA